GGAGGUAACACACACACACACCCAUGUAUGCAAAUGGCUUUGUCACGAUGCGUUCCUGUCCCAGGGCCACCUUUCUGGGAAAAUGGGACGAGGCAUGCCCUGAGUGCAUCCAGCUGGAUGGAGCCAAGACGAAGGGAACUGGGGGGGGCUUCAAAGGGGCACCCCGGGCAGGCAGGAACGCCUCCUGGGUGGAGGAGCGGAGGCAGCCGGUGCUGCCUGCCCGGACACGCACCUGGUGCGGGGGUGGCGGGUGCCGGCAGACGGUGGAGGUGCCGAUGGAGCCGCGGUGGCAGUACCAGUUCCGGGUGAUCAUGCUGGGCGACUCGACGGUGGGGAAGUCCUCGCUGCUGCGGCGUUACACUGAGGGCAUCUUCCUGGAUGCCGUCAACCAGACGGUGGGGGUGGAUUUCUACGUCCAGUUUGUGGAGCUGGAGCCGGGGCUGCGGGUAAAGCUGCAGUUCUGGGACACAGCCGGGCAGGAGAGGUUCAGGUCCGUGACUCGCUCCUACUACCGCAACUCGGCUGGGGGGAUGCUGCUCUUCGACCUCACCAACCGCGCGUCCUUCGAGAGCGUCCGGCAGUGGCACCGGGAGGUGGUGGACACAGUCCAGCCGUUCCGCAUUGUCUUCUUGCUGGUGGGGCACAAGAGUGACCUGGCCGGGCAGCGGCGGGUGGGCAGGAGGGAGGCAGAGAAGCUGGCGGCCUCGCUGGGCGUGCAGUACAUCGAGACCUCGGCCAAGGAUGCCAGCAACGUGGCCCAGGCUUUCCAGAUGCUGACACUGGCCAUCUACCAGGCGCUGCAGACGGGGCGGCUGGCUCCCACCGAGGCGUGGGAUGGGGUGAAGAGCAGUGUCCCACUGCCAGCGCCACCCAAGGCUCAGGCACUGGAAAAGGACGAGAAACAGAAGAGAUGCUCGUGCUAGAGCUGGGGACACUGGCAGCCUGUCCUGGCGGGGCUGGGACACCCGGCUGUGCCUGUGGGGCGCAGGAGGCAGAGAGCGAGCGGCUGCCAGGGCGCAUUAAACACCCGCUGUUCA